AUGGCAGGCCCAAGGUCCUCCAAAUCAAGCAGACGACGACAUCCGCCUCCGCCUCCGCGGAAAAGGACCUGCAAAGGCUGUACCAAGUCCAAGAUUCGUUGCGGUCUCGAAAGACCCACCUGUUCUCAAUGCAAGUCUCGCGGGCGCAAGUGCGAAUACUCCACGGAUCCUGAAACUUCACACCUUACUACUCAGACCGAAGACUUAGAGAAUCCGGAUUUGACGAGUACAGCAGAGUUCCAAUCCUCUGCACCGCUUGCUAUGCCCAUAGCUUUACCAUCUUAUCUUGUUUCUGACAGCAGCCCCGGAAGCGUUACGUCGAUUCGAGAACGCAGGCAUCGACCGGAGGGGUCAACGAGAGACCAGCAACUGCCUGUCGACUUCACCAAGAUCGACCUAGUCCCUGCUUCUGCGGCGGAGAGUAUCCGAGAUCGCUGGCUUCGGCCAUACAUUCUCCCACCACCGGGGCGAGACGAGGUUCCGAAGGUGUAUCAUCCAUUUACACUACAGUACAUCUCUAGGAUUCUGGCCACCUAUCCUCGUUUCAUGCUGAAGGACCGCAAAGUACCUCCUAUCAUUCAUCCGUCACAAGUGUCUGGUGAAAAUCUGCCACGGGCCUUGGCCAACUGCUACAGUCUCGUCCGCAUGUGGGAGAAUGCUGUUCCAGGGAGUGAAGGCAUGGUCAUCAACAUGAUCGAAAUGGAGAUGGAAAGGUUGUUCAACGAGCUUCCAAGUCAACACGACUAUAGCCUUCUAUCCACUUUUCAAGCUUACCUGAUCUACUGCGUCAUGUUAUAUUUCUCUCCGCGACCCGCUGCCCCAGCCGCUGUCACCGACAGAGUCAUGAUCACACUCAUGGAACUGGCCUUCCGUACGGCUCGCAAUGGCUUAUUCUGUGUGGCCGAAGCAUCCCAUUCGCGACCUAACUGGGAGUCGUGGAUAGUGGUAGCCUCGAAACGUCGUGCCAUCUUUGCCAUGUACCUCUUCAGCAGCGUAUACAACGCCGACCAACUCUUGCCAAACUUCAUAGCCGACGAAGUCGGGGGUGUUUUUGCUCCAGAGGGCAGAUCGUUGUGGGAGGCGCCCGACCGGAAGACGUGGGAACGGGAGUAUGACCGUCAUUUGUUGACCUGGGAGGAUGGGAUGCUGGAAAUCUCAGAGCUGUGGCGAUCCGCGCGUACGGGAACAGUCGAGCAGAGAGAGAGGAUCGAGAGGUGGCUGCAGGCUGUGGAUGAGUUUGGGAUGUUACUGUUCGGAGUCACCACACAUAUUCAUGGGUGUUGA